GUGGAGCUGCCAAUCAAAGCAGACAUCCUCUCCUCAGGCUGUGACUGCGAAACAUCUCAGUUGCUGUGUGGAGAGAUUUCACGGAGGAACCCUCCCGUGCGUGGAGCCAUCAGUGCGCCGCAAUCCGUAAUGCCUCGGUGAGGAUCUGCCACGGCGGAGAGCACAGCAGCGCCUGUGAAAUACUGUGGAUUUUACAUGACAGCAGAGGAGGAAACUGCUCACCGGCUGUUUGUCUGUUUCUUAUCUGCCCCCCUCCCUCCCUCACAUGUCACUCUAAUUAAUCGGAGGCAUGUGGAACCGCACCAGGAUUAGGAAUCACCUCCCAAUAGUGUGCCUGCUGUUGACGUUAUGGACCAAGGUGUCCCAGUCAACCGGCUAUUUUGAGCUGCAGCUGAUCUCUGUGGAGAAUGUGAACGGCGAGCUGGCGGACGGGGAGUGCUGCGAUGGCCCCAGGAGUCCCCAAGACCUGCACUGCAGCCUGGACGAGUGCGAUACUUACCUGAGAGUGUGCCUGAAGGAGUACCAGCAAAAGGUCACCACCACCGGGGCCUGCACGUUUGGAGCCGGAUCUACGCAAGUUCUUGGUGGAAAUAUGUUUUCUUUGGAGACCGCCAAGAAUAACGCCAAUAAGAUCAAUGAGGCCGGCAAGGUUGUGAUCCCCUUCCAGUUUGCCUGGCUGCGGACUUUUACGUUGAUUGUGGAGGCCUGGGACUGGGACAACGACACACGCAGUAAUGAUGAGAAUCAGAUGAUUGAACGUGGGGUUCACACCCGCAUGAUCAACCCCGGCGAUCCCUGGGAGACGAUCUUUUAUGACGGGCCAGUGGCACGCCUGGUCUACCGCAUCAGGGUGCGCUGCGAUGAGAACUACUACGGGAACAAGUGCAACAAACUGUGUGUUCCUCGGGACGAUUACUUCGGACACUAUCGCUGCGACCCUUCAGGGACUCGGAUUUGCUUGGAGGGCUGGAUGGGCACAGACUGUCGGACAGCAAUAUGCAGACAAGGCUGCAACCUGUUACAUGCCAACUGCUCUGCACCAGGCGAAUGCACGUGUAAAUAUGGCUGGAAAGGCAUCUUUUGCGAUGAAUGCGAGCUCCACCCAGGAUGCAAACACGGCACCUGCAACCAGCCCUGGCAGUGUAACUGUGAGAAGAACUGGGGUGGCCUGAUGUGUGAAAGAGAUCUGAAUUACUGCGGGCGCCACCAGCCGUGCGUCAACGGAGGAACCUGCUUGAACACCGAACCAGACCUUUACUUCUGUGCAUGUCCGCAGGGCUUCUCCGGAAAGAACUGCGAGAUUGCUGAGCACUCCUGUGCUUCCAACCCCUGUUCAAAUGGCGGGACGUGCCAUGACGCUGCUACAGGCUAUCAGUGUCUGUGCCCACCAAGCUGGGACGGCCCUACCUGUGAAAAAAGUGUGGAUGAAUGUGCGUCGAGUCCAUGUGCUCAUGGUGGGACCUGUAUCAACCUGGAGGAUGGCUUUGAAUGUGUGUGCCCCCCACAAUGGGAAGGGAAGACCUGCCAGAUAGAUGCAAAUGAAUGUGCAGGACAGCCCUGUGUGAACGCUUACUCUUGCAAAAAUCUCAUUGGUGGAUAUCAUUGCAAGUGUUUCCGGGGAUGGUCGGGCCAAAACUGUGACAUCAACGUGCACCUCUGCCAAGGUCGGUGCCAGAAUGGAGGAACCUGUAAGAAGGGUCCAAGGGGUUACCUCUGCCAGUGUCCUCCUGGUUUUGUUGGCAAUCACUGUGAACUCCAGAGAAAUAAAUGUGACAGUAGACCAUGCCAGAACGGCGGCCAGUGCCACGUGGUGUUGGACGGCUUUGUUUGCGAAUGCCCACCGGAGUUUGGUGGCCAACUGUGUGAGAUCUCUCACCGGCCCCUCUCUGAUGCCUGUGAUUCAAAGCCCUGUGAGAAUGGGGCCACAUGCCACAGCAUGGACCAGGACUUCUACUGCGCCUGUCCUGAAGGCUACCAGGGAAAAACAUGCGAACAUCUGAAGGAGACAUGCCAAACUGCAACAUGUCAAGUAAUAGACAGCUGCAUUGUAGCAGUACCCUCCAACGACUCAGAAGGAGUACAGCAUGUUUCUUCUAACGUCUGCGGCCCGCGUGGACGCUGCAUUAGCCAGCCCACCGGCAACUUCACCUGCAUCUGUGAUCCGGGUUUUAGUGGCGACUACUGUCAUGAAAAUAUCAACGACUGCAUCAGCAACCCUUGUAAUAAUGGUGGCACCUGCAUAGAUGGAUUAAACUCCUUUCAGUGCUUCUGCCCGGACGGCUGGGAGGGUCAGCUCUGUGACCUUAAUGUUGACGAGUGCAGACACAACCCUUGUAAAAAUGGCGGACGCUGCAUUGACUUGGUCAAUGACUUCUACUGCGAAUGCAGCGGCGAUUGGAAGGGCAAGACCUGUCAUUCCCGUGAGAGUCAGUGUGAUGAAACCACCUGCAGUAAUGGAGGCACCUGCUACGACCACGGAGACGCCUUCCGCUGUUCCUGCCCGCCUGGCUGGGAGGGAAACACAUGCAACACAGCCAAAAACAGCACUUGUGCCUCCAGUCCUUGUUCUAACGGUGGAACGUGCGUGGGAGGAGGAGACACGUUCUCCUGUAUCUGCAAAGAGGGCUGGGAGGGCCCCACCUGUGGACAAAACAUAGACGACUGUAAUCCUCAUCCAUGUUACAACGGCGGGAUCUGUGUAGAUGGAAUAAACUGGUUUCGCUGUGAGUGCGCCCCUGGGUUUGCUGGGCCAGACUGCAGAAUAAACAUAGACGAGUGCCAGUCUUCUCCCUGUGCCUAUGGAGCAACCUGUGUGGAUGAGAUCAAUGGCUUCCGAUGCAUUUGUCCUCGUGGAAGAUCAGGAGCCAGAUGCCAAGAAUUCAUAGGCAUUGGAAAGACUUGCCACUAUGCUGGGCUGCAGUUUCCUCAUGGCAGCCACUGGGAAGAGGAGUGCAACGACUGUCACUGCAUUAAUGGCAAAGUGCACUGCACAAAGGUGCUGUGUGGUCGCCGGCCCUGCCACCUCGCGCCAUCAGACCAGGAAAAGGGGCAGAGGUCCUGCCCAGCUGGACAGGAGUGUCUGCAGCACAGCUUCUACACCUGCUUCUCCCACCCUUGCGAUCAGUGGGGGGUUUGUUCAAUGGCUGGACCCCCGCCUCCCCAAGCAACCACCAAGUGCCAGCCAAACAGCGGCCAUUUGGACAACAGCUGUGGCCGCAUAACUCUUGUGUUCAACAGAGACAAAGUACCACCGGGGAUCACAGUGGAGAACAUUUGCUUUGAACUGAGGUAUCUUCCCGAUACCAGAAGCCUAGCUAAAGACCACUCCCUCCUCCUUUUGUGCGAUCUUUCCCAUUCAAAUCCGGAUGCUGUCGAGGUGGCUAUUUCUUUUCAGCCUGAGAAUCUACCAGACCACAGUCUGGUCCAGGAAGCUGCCAGUGCCAUUGUGGGCACCUUAUCCAAGAGGCAUAACAGCACUGUAAUGCUGGCAGUCAUAGAGGUCAAAGUGGAAACACAGAUUCAACCCCCUUCAGUGGAUUACCUGGUGCCUCUUUUGUGUUGCCUCUUCUGUUUACUCUGCCUCUUUUGCAUCAUCGUAUGUGCGUGGUGGACACGGAAACGGAGAAAAGAGCGCGAGAGGACCUCGCAGUCAGCUCCCGACGGUAACGUGAACAACCAGUGGGAACCGCUGCGUCUCGUCGUGGGACGUCAGCAGCAGCAGCAGCUGAAGGAGAACAACAGGGAGGCCGAGCAGGAGCGCAAAAAGCUCAUGGGCUCGUCCUGUCGGACGUGUGACGAGGAGGAGACUGAGACGGAGGGAGAGCUUGAGCUCGAAGAGGAGUGCGGUGGAGCAGAGGCAGGAAAGGAGCUUGUUUAUAAGUACUCUAAAACUGCAGUGCAGUCCAGUGGGGGGGUGAUCUGUACCUUGCAUAGCUCCAGUUCGCCUCUUAAAGCGCCACACCGGACCCAAGGCUACAGCCCUAAAGACAACCGCUGGAAAAAUGUCAGCGCCGCCUUGACUGGUCAGAAAGAGCUCAAAGACCAUUGUGUGUAAGAAAAUGAAAAGAAAGGACAAUGCAGAAGCAAGAGAGGCUGCAAGGCAGCUACUAUUCUAUUAUGUUUGGGACUUCUUUUGAAAAGAAAAGAAAGGCUUUGAGUUUAGGAAGCCACUCUUUACUUUGGUUUAUAUGUUUUUGUCACUGUCGCCGGAGAUGAUUUCUACUUUAAUUUGUUUUCCCUCAUUCAGGAGGUUUGAGCACAGUGAACAUCUUAGUUUUGCUUUUUAUGUGUUGCUUUUCGUUGCAUACAGAAGAAGGCGCUGAAAAUGUAAUAUAUUUUUUUUUUUCAGGAGGCAAAAGAAGCUCCCCUUUUUUCAGUUAUGAGUUCUGCUAUUUAAGUAACAUUUGAAAUAGAGUUGGAAAAAAAAAUCUGUAAAAAAAUUUGUUUACAGGCUAUUAUGAUUUUGUCAAAAUGUCAGUGCACUCUAAGGAUUUGGAUGAAAAUGGGCUGUUUUCGCCGUCACCUUCCAGCUUUGCCCAGCAAUCCACCUGUGGCUGUCAUGCCUUACCAAAACAUUGGCCUGGAGGGGGGAGAGGGGACAGAAACCCCAGUGCCUACUACGUGGCCUUCCAUAUUUUACUUUAUUUUUUCAUUUCUUUUCUCCUGUGUCUCGGUUGUCUCAGCUGAAAAGCUGUAUAUUUAAAGUUUUGCAGUAUUUGAGUUGGUAGCAAGUGCCUUUUCUAAGAGCUGUAGUGGCUCCGAGUCAUGCUGCCCAGUUUGACCUCCUUGUUCUCUGACCUGGAAGGGAUUCUUAUACAUUAGAGUUCAAUUUCACAGCAAUGCCAUUCAAGGUAUUUGAUCAAAGCAGAAAUGACUACGCUGUACAUACAUGUAAAUACUUAAAGGAGUCGCUGUGUAUAUUUGUCACACAUUUUUAUUAUUAUUAUUAUUGUUAUUAAUAUUAUUUUUAUUUUUUUUACAAUGUCAUUUCUUUUAUUUAUUUCAGUUGAUAUAAGCAGGUUUUAUAACAUUUCAUAUCCAAAGUCCCUCAGUUGAGAACCUUUAAAAAGAGGUACCACCUAUGAAGGAUUUCUGACGGGUUUAUAAAUGGUUUGUCACCGAGAUCUCAUUCUUUUUUCGCCACUGCGCCUGUAGUUUUCAGGAUUUCAAUAAAAAAAAAAAGACAAAGGAAAUGCUUUAGAUUAAAAAACUGUUUUCACACAACACAGUUGAUCCCAUUCUUGUUUUUGUUUUAACUUUUUAAUAACAGAAGCAUUCAGAACAUGCCAACGUUGUAGCCUUAAAGUUUUCAAACCAUUUCUAAAUCCAUCAAAAAUCCCUUUAUUUCAGGUGCCUUAAUGUAAUAAUUUAUUACAUUUCUUAUUUUUGUUCAUCUUUUUUUUGUUUUUUUUGUUUUUUGUUGGUUUGCUAUCACUUGUUAAGGAACAUAACUAUGUCGAUCAUUGUGUGAUGUAACGUGGCAGUUUUAUUCGCCAGAGUAAAGCUCUCCAUUUGUCUCACUUGCUUGUUUAUCAUGGUGAUUCCUAAAAUCAAACUGUUUGGAAAAUGUUAAAAAAAAAAAAAAUCCAGCAAUCCACGCUAGCAGCUCUGAAUGUG